AUGGCUGCAUCUCUCCCCGAACGGGAGCGCGACCUCCUCCGGCGCAUCGAUGCCGCAAUCGACCGUAUGCGCGCCGUCACGCCAGACGAGCCCUACGUGCUGAGCAUCCCUCAGGACGAGCCCAAGUACCACCACCAUUCCCAUCACUCGAGCCAGAUGUGGCGCACUGGCACUCCGUUUCGCUCCGACGACGACCCCAACCAACAAUACCAGACAUUCUACUACCACGAGCCCCUCUCGGACGUCUUUCAGUUGCAUCGCAACUCUCACUACCAAAAGGACAAUGUCUCCGUCUCUUCACAGCCACGCGAAAAGGAGAGCAGCACCCAGAGCACUCCUAGCAUGCUCCCCAAGAAGAAGAUCAGCCUGGCUGCUUAUGCCAACAAAAAGACACAGCCAGACUCCACCCUCAACCACCACAACAAGACUGAGUCCGAGUCGACUUCUUCACAAUCGCUCAAGUCGCGCGACUCUGCCAACCUACCGCGCAUGCUGUCCCCACUACGUGACCAGUCACAACAAUCACAACAACCAAGACCUUCACCACGUCAAAAGCCGCCGAAGCAAUCACUCCUACCUCCUCGCCUGAUAUCUCCCACUCUUCCUCCGAGCAUCAUCGCCUCUCUGGAUGCGAAGCCAUACCAAUCUUCACGCCAAAAGCAUGCCUCGAAAUGCCUCCCCUCCCCGCUACCGCCGGCUGCCGAAAAGUCGCGCAAGCAUCCGACAAACAUUCCUGAACACAAAACACGCGACUCACCUCAAGAAGACGAGGAUCAAGAUACUGCGCGUCCAUCGCUUAUCGUUAAGUUCAAGAUCCCCAAGAGCAUGCGCAAGAACCUCUGUCGAUAUCUACAAAUGAAGCCACAACCACAAACUCAAGUCAUUCGUGUAUUACCUCCAGAAAAACCCCCAGCUCCAGUACAAGCCACACCGCAAGCAACCAAAAGACCUCGUCCGGCAGAGGAAGAUACUCCACUCCCUGAGUCGAAACGCAAGAAGGUUCUCAAAACGGAGCCGUCGAACGUCAAGCAGGAACCCAGUACGCCCUUGCCUGUCACUCCCGCGGCGCAAAAGGCUACACCCAUCGCGCGCAACGGCACCAAAGAUCUGCGUGCCUCUGCUGCUAUGAAGCGUGUUGAGUCGACAGACAGCAUGGUGAAUGGCACACCGCAAUCUUCGCGCCAACUCAAUGGUAUCACCAAACCUUCUCCCUCGUCUGGUCACGUCAAGACGGCCGAGUCAAAGGCUUGGGAUGUCGAAGCAGCACGAUUAGGAAAGUUGGGCCGUGAACUGAAGCAUGCCGCCUCAGACCUGGACAAGCCAAACACCAAUAGCGGUCACGCCGAUUCACGAUCUCGCGAAAAUGCAGCUGCCAUGUCCCUCGAGUCCUUUUUGUUGUUCAUGCUUUCAUUCUACUGCUCUGACCGUGGUCUUGCCGUCCGCAACCCUCCUGCUCCUUUGGACGGUGGGCGCACUUGGGGUACCAUCCCAGCAUUUCUCAAUUUUGUCCGCACACGCUGCCAGUACUUCCCGGCUCUCGAUGGUGUGGCAUGCCAUCUAAGUGCUGUAUGCAACGCCAUGAUUAUGGUGCGGUUAACGACAAUACGCGAACGAUCGCAGGAUAUGACGCCUGAGGAAGCGCGUACACUUCACAAUGCCGCAUCAGCAGGUCUCAAGGCUUCCAAAGAAGGCACCUCGAAGUUGCCUUUGUCAAUGGUCAUGUCUACUUUCCCGAAGACCUGGAAGAAGGCCAUGAACAGCAAUGCCCCAGCUACAGGAGCUGAGGACGACGUCAAGAUUGGUCGAUACACUGGGGACAUUACUCUACCGCUCGGCAUGGACACCGAGCCUCUCAUUGCAGUCAGAAUUGGAUACGCAUUGCUGAGAGAAUGGUGUGUCAGCAAAGGACUCAAAUACGAGAUGAAGCUUGGACUCUAG